AUGUAUUAUCUUUCACACCACGGUAGUGAUGGUUAUCCAGAGGGGCUUGGCUUAAAGGUGCUUCAGUAUAUACGGCAGCCCAAUGCCAUCGCGACCUAUCAGAAAGUGUUUGGAGAGAUGCUGGACGGGUUGAAGAGCCCUUCGCAUUCUCUAUUACUGAUAGAAGGUGGUGAUGAAAAUUUCGAUGGGCCCUCCCAGCUGCGGCCAGAAACUUGUGGCUGGACCUACGAGAUUGAUCUUGAUCGCAAUAUCUUCCAUGUGUGCGACAUGCCUUUUUUCUCCUUGGAAUGUCUCCCAGAUGACGCCGUUUUUCUCCAAUACAUCUCCGAUGAUGGCAUCACUCGAGAUCAUUACGGCCACGCAGCUUGCCCGUUAGAAUGUCCCCCGGAGAACAGAUACAAAAAGCCAACACCGCCAAUUGUCCACAAUUCUGAACUCGAGACGUACCAGUCUUUGAUGUGCACCGGAUCUCAAGUGGCUCUGAGUGAUCUGCUCGCCGUCAGUGACGGACUUUCUCAAGACGAGCACGUUCGGGUCACAUUGCUAGAAGUCAUGAUUGGGCAGUGCAUGUUUAGCUCAGCCAUUGGCAAGGAAAUCUACGAAAUAGAGCUUUUAAACGACCACAACCAGAUCACGGACGAUCAAUGUGCAUUUGCCAUCCCAAUGCUGAAAAGAAAGGAGUUCACGUGGGUUCGCGAAGACACUGUUGUCUACAUCGCAACACAUCUAUAUGACGAGCGAUGCCUACAGGCUUCCGUGUCACGUCUGAUCAACGUGAUCUUGGAGCAGACGAAUCAUUCUGGUCAUUACUUUGGAAUCGCGUUUUCUGUCUUCCAUUGUGCAGUCGUCAAAGUCGUCAAAAACGCACACACGAUGUCAUUCAGCCACACGAGCGCCCUCCAAUUUUUACCAUCAUUCUACGCAGAUUCACCUUCUACGCCAGGCAUCACUGCUCUCGCCCGUCUUGGAUAUCGCAUCGACCCCGCACUCUUUCGGCGUGCUUUGGAGGCUUGUCAUUAUGUGCGGUACAUUCACCUGAAGGAAUCCCUCGUCCAGAGAGCUGAUAGAAGUGACGAUAUGCCACCCACCACCAUCUGUCCAACGCUGCCUCUUGAACUUUGGCGAGAGAUCGCCUGUUAUCUCACUCAUCCCUUUCACCUCAUCGUCCUCGGAUUGGUCUCAAGACUGUGCCGUCAAGCAGUCUCGAUGGUACUCCGCUGUACCCACCUCUGUGGCUAUCGCCUGGUCUCCGCUCCCCAAGAGAGACCAGAGUAUAGGAAGGAAAACCUCUCGCUACGGGCAGCAUCUUUUUCCGCUGUACGAAACGGCAUUCCUACUACGGUGAAUGUUGGAGUGACUGGGAUGCUUAAUGAUCGACUACCAGAGCAGCGCAUGAUUAUUCCCCUCGAAAUCAAAAAUUCCUAUUUUCAUCUUACCCUUUCAGCCGAUCCUUGA